AUGAAAUUAUGUAGAUUUACAGGGGGCAACGCUUAUCAACGUGAUACUGGUAGGACACAAUUGUUUGGAACGCCAGAUGGUUCAAGUAAUCUCGAUGACACUGCUUCUUCAUCGUUUGGUAGUACGGGGAAACUAGACUACUCUCAAAGCAAUUUGGCAUCACUAGAAUCUCAAAGUGAAGAACAAAUGGGAGCCAUGGGUCAAAGGAUAAAAGCUUUAAAAUCAUUAUCAUUAAGAAUGGGCGACGAAAUUAGAGGAAGUAAUCAUACGAUUGAUCAGCUUGGUGACACUUUCCACAACACCUCCGUCAAACUAAAAAGAACCUUCAGCAGUAUGAUGGAAAUGGCCAGGAGAUCAGGAAUUAGCAUAAAAACAUGGUUGAUAAUAUUUUUUUUUGUAGGCUUGCUUUUCUUCUGGGUGUGGAUUAUAUAG